AUGGUGCCGGUGGAGGUGUCUUCUGACGACUCACGCAAGGAGGAGGAAGAGGGGGAAGAUGAGGAGCGCGACUCGGAGGUGACCCCCGAGGGGAUGGGGAAGACCUCCCCCUUGUGCAAGGCUGACCUCCUCCACACCAUGCUUGACGACGACGACAGGACCGACGUCCCCCAGGAGAAGGAGGAGCCCCUCGUGAUCCCGAUGAGGGGCAGGUCGGCGUUGAUCCCCCGAGAUGCUGCUUCUGUUCCCGUGCCGCCUGGUGCCGCUUCCGGCCCAUCUGCUGCUCCUUCUUCUGCUCCUAGAGCCCGUGCGCUCGCGCCCCAGGUUGGGAGGCUCUCGGGCUUCAAGCCUGGCAAGCGGAGGGUGGACUACACCGCGGUGGACCAGCCGACGCCUGCGGCGAAGAAGAGGAAGGAGGAGGCAGUGGUGCUGCUUGGGACCAACCUGCCUGCCCCGGCUGCAUCUCCCUCCAUGGAGAAGGGCAGCAUUGGCGCUCAUGUCUCUCCGGCCCGGUCGUCCUUGCGAGGCCUGGGGGAGGAUCCUCGGGAGGAGUCAGCCCCCGUGGCCCCGCUGGCUCCGGAGGCACCGGUGUCCAGCUCGGCUGCUGAGGUCUCCAAGGCUCAGGAGCCCCCAGUCUCCCAGGCCAUGGUGAGCAUACCUUCUCCUCCUUCUCCCGCCGCACUGCUGAUUCCAGGUCCUUCCGCCUCCCCUGACGUCUUGGAGCGCGCUCUUCCUGAGAUAGCCCGACUGCGAGAAGAUCUUCAGGGCGCCGACCCCCGCCUGGUGGCUAGGUGCUUGGAGCUAGUCUCUGGCUGGCUCCAUUCUGACAUGUCCGUUCGGGCGGCGCUGAGCCAGGCUACAGCGACCUACGAAAAGGAGAAGCAGGCCACCGCCCAAGCAGCGGCUGCUUGCGAGGCGGCGCUGAAGGACGUUGAGGCCGCCCAGGAUCGUUCCCGGGCACUGGAGGCCGAGCUAAAGACCCUGCGCGAUGGGCGUGCGGAAGAAGCUCGUGGCCGCAAGUCGGCGAAGGCGCAGGGCGCUGAGUGCGGCCGGCUGGAGGAGCUAGAGCGAAAUGUGAAGGCGGAGAAGGCCGAACUUGACGCCAAGGUGAAGGUUCUGGCCGAGGACCACGCGGCCUUCGCGCUCCUCAAGGAGAGGUCUCGCGUGGCACUGAAGACACUCUAUGAGAAGGACUUGGAGAAGCCGCUGACCACCGACGAGGAUGGCCCCGCCCAGUUGCUUCCCUACUUGGUCGAGGCGCUUGAGGAAGUCGUGAGCGGCCUCGGCCCCAUGGCGGAGGAAGAGGCUCGCGUCCUUUCUUCAGCUGCGCUGACGCGCGUCUUCAGCCACCUCCAUCUUUGCGAUCCUACCGCCCGCCUUGACGAGAUGUGA